CCCAUGCCAUUUGCCCUCGUUAGGUCUUCAAAGCAUUUCAAAGGGGUUUGCUUGAGUAGGAAUCGGCAAUGGCUUCUUCACCUCCUCCAAAGCGCCGGAGAGCGAACCAGAGCAAAGACCAUGCAGACAUAGGUGCAGUUGACACGUCAGCACCACCAUCCCCAACCCUGGAGAAAUUGUCCCCUGUGAUCGUCUUCGCUCAUGGUGCUGGUGCUCCUUCUUCUUCUGACUGGAUGAUCAGAUGGAAAGAUAUGUUGGGCAAAGCGCUACACGCCGUUGAAGUUGUUACAUUUGACUACCCUUAUAUGUCUGGUGGCAAACGGAGGGCGCCUCCUAAAGCAGAAAAAUUGGUUGACUUUCACUCUGAUGUUGUCAAAGAGACUGUUGCCAAGUACCCUGGCCAUCCACUUAUUUUGGCGGGGAAGUCAAUGGGAUCAAGAGUCAGCUGCAUGGUGGCUUGCAAAGAAGACAUAAGUGCUUCAGCAAUAAUUUGCUUGGGAUACCCACUAAAGGGAAUGAAUGGAGCAGUGAGAGAUGAGAUUCUAUUGCAACUUGAUGUUCCUAUAAUGUUUGUACAGGGUAGCAAGGAUGCGCUCUGUCCACUGGAAAAGCUGGAAUCUACUCGUAAAAGGAUGAAAUCCUUAAGUGAUUUGCAUGUCAUUGAUGGUGGCGAUCAUUCCUUCAAGAUUGGAAAGAAACACCUGCAAACCAAUGGGUCAACACAAGAUGGAGCCGAAGAUCAGGCUCUUCAGGCCAUUGCAGCCUUUUUGUCGAGGUCUAUUAGAGACAGGUGACGCCUUUAUUUCACAGGACAAUAGGGUUCUUUAAAAUUUUAUCUUGAACUGUCUCAUGCUGUAUGUAGUGUGUUUCAUGAGGCUAAACCUUUAUGAUGCUGACUGUCCAUGGUCUCUGUGAAGACUGCUUAGUUUUAAUCUUAUAUUUUAUGUAGAAUUAUGGGGUCUCAAACCUCAAUACCUUUUUGUCGAGGUCUAUUAGAGACAGGUGACGCCUUUAUUUCACAGGACAAUAGGGUUCUUUUAAAUUUUAUCUUGAACUGUCUCAUGCUGUAUGUAGUGUGUUUCAUGAGGCUAAACCUUUGUGAUGCUGACUGUCCAUGCUCUCUGUGAAGACUGCUUAGUUUUAAUCUUAUAUUUUAUGUAGAAUUAUGGUGUCUCAAACCUCAAUAUUAUGAGCUUGUGCAAGAUGUGGUAGACCUGUCUUGUUAGAUAUUUAAGUGCUUAGAGUAUAUUAUGCCAUGUAUCCUUUUGGA